AAUACCCGGUUCCGUGCAUUGAAAGUGCCAGUCAUUCAAUAUUUAGAGAUACGUAUUUUGUGCAUGUUUUCUUUAUUCAUGUUGUAUUAGAGCAACCGAGAGAAAUAAUGGGAUCAGUGCGAGUAAUUAACGACGAUAGUCAUUUUUGGGAGGAAAUAGCUCUUGCUGGUUCAAAAUUGGUUGUAGUAGAUUUUACAGCAUCAUGGUGUGGCCUUUGCGACAUAAUUGCUCCAGUAGUUGAGCAGCUAUCAGUGAAAUAUUCAAAUGCAGUGUUUCUUAAAGUCGAUGUAGACAAGUGUAUAACAACUACUACAAGGAUUGCAGUAGAUGGAGUGCCCACAUUUUUAUUUUACCGCAACCAAAAAAAAGUGGGAGUGUAUAAUGAACCCAACCCUGCUGAACUAGAAUCAAAAAUUCUACAAUUUUAUGGCAGUGGAGACUCUGAAGAUACUGAGAGUUCAAUAUCUGGACAUAUGGACUUAUCUCCAUUUAUUACCAAGACACAAUGCGAGUGUUUAAAUGAAUCUGAUGAACACAACUUUUUGCAAUGUCUGAGUGCAGAUGAAGGAUACCUGGAAAGCGAUUGUGAUGAGCAGCUGAUAUUAUGCAUUGCAUUUUCUCAAGUAGUCAAAGUACAUUCUUUAAAGAUCAAAGCUCCCAAAGAUAAUGGACCAAAAAAUAUCAAAUUAUAUAUUAACCAACCUAGAACAAUUGACUUUGACAUGGCAGACUCGAAUACGUGCAUUCAGGAUUUAACCUUAUCGGCAAAAGAUAUCGAAGAAGGUAAUCCAAUUCCUUUGCGCUAUGUUAAGUUUCAAAAUGUGCAAAACCUACAGAUCUUUGUGAAAGACAAUCAGAGUGGUAGUGAGACAACGAGAAUCGAUCACAUAACUGUGUUUGGUUCACCGAUUUCAACAACAAAUAUGAAAGAAUUCAAGAAAGUAGCCAGUAAAGAAGGGGAGAGUCAUUAACAAGCAAUUAUUUAUGUAUAAUGAAUUGUGAAAGAGUAUCUUAUGUCAAAUAAACUUUCCAUGAUCAUUAAUAUUUGACGCAAAUGAUACAACGGGAAAGACAUUUCAUAAUUUUUGUUUUUCGUUUAAUGUAUUCAGGAUCUCUGUAAUUACAAAAUAGCGUAACUAGAUUGUACAUAUAAAAUAUUUGAUUAUUAAUUGAACAUUUCGUCGAAGACACGGUAUAAUUUAUAAAGUUUAUUAUCGAGAUCCUGUAAAAUAAAUUGUAGCAAAUAGCGAUUACAAAUAUUUCUUUUGUACACCUUGAUACAUUCGUUCGAUAUAAAAAGAUACAAAUAAUUUUUACACAUUGCUCGAUAAAAGUUUUUACUAGAUGCAAAAUUAAAAAAAAAAA